AUGGCUCUCUGCGUCUCUUGUCCCUCCGCAAACAUUUUCCGCCCAUGCGCCCGCCCGCAAGCGCAUGCAUCCGCCGCCGGCGCAUCCCGCUUGCGCUCCCCCUUCCGCGCGCCGCCAACUGCCGCGCUCUCCGCCUCUUCCGCCUUCCUGACGCGCGUUCCGCUGCGCAGCGGCAGGUUGACACGUGUCGACCCCACGUCCAUCUACGUGUCCAAGCGCGCGGUAGCUCCGCGCGCCACCGCGGAGGGAUCCGGGGGGAAACCGCCGGGAGCGGGCGACGGCGAGACUUUCCUCGGAGUGUACGGGCCGUGGAAAAUAGAAGACUCGGAUCGCACUGAGGUAGCUAACCACCUCUGCCUCCUUCCCCCCAUCUCCCCACGUCUUCCCCCCAUCUGCCCCCCACCUCCCCCCACUUCUCCCCGCUUCUCCCUACUUCUCCCGCAACCUACUUUCCCAAUGUCUGGCUCGCCUCCCCUUCCCCUUCCUGCUCACCAUCCCCUCCCUCUCCCUUUGCCCCUCCCCUUCCCCUCCCGUCUCUCCGCCAACCCCCAGUCCCCUCGAUUUUUUCCUGUACCGAGCAGGACUCCUCACAGCGUCGCUCCCACUCCUUCCUCCUCCGCCUCCCUUCCCCCCAACUCCCCCCGCCUCCCCCACGCCCUCUUCACUUCUCCCCCAACCUACUCUCCACGUGACUGCCUUCCUUUCCCUUCCCCCAUCCCUUCCCCCAUCCCUUCCCCCAUCCCUUCCGCCACCCCUUGCCCUUUCCCUUCCCCCACGCCUUCCCUGACCCUUUACCCCCAUUCUUCCCCCCGCCACCUACCCGCCCGCCCACCCCCCCCUUCAGGUGUUCCUAUACCGAGCAGGGCUCGUCACAGCAUCCCUCCCCUUCCUCCUAGUCUUCCGCCUCCCCCCCCCCCGCGCCCUCUUCACUUCUCCCUCAACCUGGUGCUCCUAUACCGAGCGGGCCUCGUCACAGCGUCCCUCUCCUUCCUCCUAGCAGCCUCCUCUGCCUUCCUCCCCCCGGACUCCCCCCUCCUCCCCCUCGCCCUCUUCACUUCUUCCCAAUCCUGCUGCCUCGUCACAGCAUCUCUCUCCUUCCUCCUAGCAGCCUCCUCCGCCUUCCUCCCCCCGGACUCCCCACUCCUCCCCCUCGCCCUCCCCACCCUUGACCCACUAUUCGCGCUCGGCGCCGCAGGCCUAGGGACGUCCUUAUUCCUUAUCCACAUCUAUGUGACACAGAUUAAGAGGGCGCUGCAGCUGCUGUGGCUGGUGGGGGUGGUGGGGGCGGUGGCGCUGGCGGGGGGGUUUGCGGGGAGGGAGGGUGUGGGGGUGGUGGAGUAUGUGGUGGGGCAUGGUGGAGGGGUGUGGGCUGUGGGGCCGCUGUUUGCUGCUCUCACUGGCCUGGUGUUCAAGGAAGGGCUGUGCUACGGCAAGCUAGAGGCGGCGCUGCUUGUGUUUGUCAUCCCCACUCUACUGCUGGGCCACCUAAGCGGGCUGAUGGACGUGACAGUGGAGAAGGGUCUCCUUGCCGUGUGGAUGGCACUCUUUGCUGUCUUCGCUGCUCGCAAGUUCACCCAACCCGUCAAGGAUGACAUUGGAGACAAGAGUGUAUUCAUCUUUCAGGCCUUACCUGAGCAGCAGCAACAGGAGCUACUUGCACGCCUCAACAUGCAGAACCGGGACUCAGAGUGA